GCCUGUGCCUUAUGUCAAGCCGCAUAAAACCUAAGACAACGUUCCAAUCCGCCCCAGACGUGAGUCAACAGAGAUUCUGAUACAGAUACAGAUACAGAUACGAUAGCACUUGAGAUGUCAUCCACGGGCACCGACAGCACCAAGCUGGGCGAUGUGGGCCUGAUUGAGGUGCAGCUGGACAGCCUCGACUCGAGUCACAAUUUCGCCAAUUCGAAUGGCGGCACACCCAGGACCAAAACGCUGCCGGAGCAACAGCAGCUCCAGCGCCAGCAGCAAAAGAAUGUAUUCAAAUCCAAAGUGUUCAUCAUAGCCGUUAGCUUCUCCUCGGUGCUAAUGAUUGCCAUGUGCAUUGGCUUUCUGGUCCAUUACGAGUUCUCUGGCGAUAUUAGCGACAUGGAAACGGUCUCCUAUUGGCAUGUGACCCUACCGAAGGAGCAGCAGGAGUGGUACGAUCGCGGUAUCAACGAGCUAAAGCUCGCACUCAAUCGUGAGCUGAAUCGACGGCGAGCCAAGAAUGUGAUACUCUUUGUGGGCGAUGGCAUGGGUCCGAAUACGGUUACAGCGGCGCGAAUCUAUGGCUACAAAGAGGAGGGCCUGCUCAGCUGGGAGCGCUUCCCGCACAUGGGUCUGCUGAAGACCUAUUGUGCAAAUAAGCAGGUGCCCGACUCCUUCUCCACGGCCACCGCUCUCUUUGGCGGCGUCAAGGUCAACUAUGAGACGGGCGGCGUCGAUGCCACGGUGCCGCUGGGCAAUUGCAGUGCCUCGCUGCAGGAGACGCAUCACGUCCAGAACAUCCUCAACUGGGCCCAAGCGGAUGGCAUGCGCACAGGCUUUGUGACGACGACACGUGUCACGCAUGCCACGCCCGCUGCUCUGUACGCCCAUGUGCCAGAUCGUCGCUGGGAAUCGGAGUCAACGAUGCCAGCGGAGGCGCAGCAACAGGGCUGCUUGGACAUCGCACGCCAGCUGGUGAAGCAGAAAACGGGACAGCAGAUCAAUGUUAUCAUGGGUGGCGGCCGUCAAAUGCUUGUCUCGAAUGUGAACGGCACAGACAGUGAUCCGCUGGACACGUGGGCGGGCCACUCAACAGAUGGACGCAAUCUUAUACAAGAUUGGGCACAGCAGAAAGCGGAACAGGGCCAGUCGCAUGCGGUGAUCCAAAACAACGGCCAGCUUAAGCAAUUGGAUGCGGCCAACGUGGACUAUGUGCUUGGCAUCUUUGCCAACGGACAUCUCAAGUACGAUCACGAACGGGAUGGCAGCGAUGCAGGCAUGCCAUCCUUGACGAAUAUGACACUCAAGGCGCUCGAGGUGCUGGGUAACAGUGAUAAGGGAUAUCUGCUUAUUGUGGAGGCCGGCAUGAUCGAUCAGGCGCAUCAUCGUGGAAAUGCGCGCAAGGCUCUCAGCGAGGUCCUGGCCCUAAACGAGGCCGUGCAAGCGGUGCAGGCGCAUCUGAAAGCAAAGGAUCAACUGGACGAGACGCUGCUAAUCGUGACAGCCGAUCAUUCGCACAGCUUGACCAUCAAUGGGCACCCCGACCGAGGCGCUGAUAUCUUGGGACUAGCUGGCAAUUCAAAGACAGAAGAUACACCCUAUACAACGCUCACAUAUGGUACCAGUUAUCAAGGCUUUCAGGUGGAUCCCGAGCGCAUGAUGCGAAAGGACCCAUCGCUCAGCGAUACGAGAGAUUGGGAAUACACGCAGCAGGCGGCCAUCAAUACGAAUGAGAAUCUACACGGCGGUUCCGAUGUGACUAUACAUGCGCGUGGCGCCAUGUCGUAUCUGUUUCAUGGCGUGCACGAACAAAGUUAUGUGGCGCAUGUUAUUUCCUACGCGCUGCGUAUUGGACGCUUCCGUGAUAGCACAAUCGCCGAGUCCUUGGCGGAGUUGAUGCCUUUGUAGCUUAAUUGAUAGUAUAAUUUAUUAACUGUUUUUCCUCCCCCUAUAUUACAUAUUGUGAUAAGAUGUUUCUGUUUUUUAGUAUUAAUCAUA